UAAUUUAUCGGGCCUUUAAAGAAGGGUCGCGAGGGAAAUAAGCAAAGCAAGGGAGCAGAGCUCGAGCGUUUGGAAUUUUGGAGCAUUCAGAGUUUAGAGGGAGGAAGUAAAAGAUGAUGAAGAUCGAAGAGGUUCAGUCCACGACAAAGAAGCAGAGAAUAGCUACUCACACCCACAUCAAAGGCCUUGGUCUUGAUUCGAGUGGCAGAGCGAUUCCCAUGGCUGGUGGAUUCGUGGGUCAGCUUGGGGCUCGAGAAGCGGCAGGUCUUGUUGUUGAUAUGAUAAGGCAGAAGAAGAUGGCAGGCCGGGCACUUUUGCUGGCCGGGCCUCCUGGAACAGGGAAGACUGCAUUGGCCCUUGGAAUAUCCCAGGAGCUUGGAAGCAAGGUACCCUUCUGCCCAAUGGUUGGGUCGGAAGUAUACUCGGCAGAAGUAAAGAAAACCGAAGUUUUAAUGGAAAACUUCCGAAGGGCUAUUGGUCUACGUAUCAAGGAAAAUAAGGAGGUCUUUGAAGGAGAGGUGACUGAACUCUCCCCUGAAGAAACUGAGAGCAUUACAGGUGGCUAUGGAAAAAGCAUUAGCCAUGUAAUUAUCGGGCUAAAAACUGUCAAAGGAACCAAGCAGCUGAAGUUGGACCCGACCAUUUAUGAUGCUUUAAUUAAGGAGAAGGUUGCUGUUGGUGAUGUUAUAUAUAUUGAGGCAAAUAGUGGAGCAGUUAAAAGAGUGGGUAGAUGUGAUGCAUUUGCUACAGAGUUUGACCUUGAGGCUGAAGAGUAUGUUCCACUUCCUAAAGGAGAGGUUCACAAGAAGAAAGAGAUAGUUCAGGAUGUAACACUACAUGACCUGGAUGCGGCAAAUGCUCGACCACAAGGAGGACAAGAUAUAUUAUCCCUAAUGGGCCAGAUGAUGAAACCUAAGAAAACUGAAAUCACUGAUAAGUUGCGACAGGAGAUUAACAAGGUUGUUAACCGCUAUAUUGAUGAAGGGGUGGCAGAGCUUGUCCCAGGAGUCCUAUUUAUUGAUGAGGUUCAUAUGCUGGAUAUGGAAUGCUUUUCCUACUUGAAUCGUGCUUUAGAGAGUUCCUUGUCACCAAUAGUAAUUUUUGCAACAAACAGAGGUAUAUGCAAUGUAAGAGGGACAGAUAUCAGCAGUCCUCAUGGCAUACCUGUUGACUUGUUAGAUCGUCUGGUGAUUAUACGGACAGAAACUUAUGGACCUGCUGACAUGAUACAGAUUUUAGCGACCCGGGCACAGGUGGAGGAACUGGAAAUUGAUGAUGAAAGUUUGGCCUACCUAGGAGAGAUUGGGCAACAGACAUCUCUAAGGCAUGCAGUUCAACUCUUAUCUCCUGCCAGUGUUGUGGCUAGAAUGAAUGGUCGAGAUAAAAUUUGCAAGGCGGAUCUCGAUGAAGUGAGUGCUCUAUAUCUGGACGCAAAAUCUUCUGCAAGGCUCCUUCAAGAACAGCAGGAAAGAUACAUAUCCUGAUUGUAGCUUUUGCUUAAAUGGUUGGCUACUCUCAAAUGAUGAAGCAAACAAGUGCGGAAACUGACUUAGUCACAGUUAACAUUCAUGCAAAUUUGGUUGCGGAAUGUAGCUGCUCAUUCAACAUUUUAGCCCUUAUUUUCUGACGCUUUAUCAAUGCCAGCAUAUGCACAGCUUGCGGUGGUUUGCUGCUGUUUCACUUUCACCGUUAACUGUUCCAUGGCUUUGGCAUACCGCAUACUGUAUUUGCGUUGUCUUCUUUCACCAUUGAGUAAUAUGGAUACUUAUCCGGAGGGAUUUUCCAAGGACACAUUGAGGAAUUGUUACUUUAAAGGCAUUUUUCAGACAUUGUAUUUGAUGUAAUAUGAUUAAUUGGUUAAUAACCAAUGAUUUUAGUACCGAGUUGAGAAAUC